AUGCACCGCAGACUGUUUUCGACGUCCUCCUACACGCGUUGUCAUCGACUUGCACCGUUGCUUGCCAGCCUUUCAUCCUCUCGGCGCCCUUGCGUGCUCACGCCAAGAUUGCCGACGAUCAGGACCAUGUCCAAACCGCACCAAAGGCUCAACCACCUCCUCUCGUCCACGGGCAGUCGCUCACCUUCCCCAGCCGAAAAGAGGGGAGAACUGCUCGGAACUCUCAAGAUCGGUGAUCUCAGUGUACCUGUCUACGAGGCGGUCGAUAAGGAACGUUGUGUUCGUCAGGAAGGGGGCAACGUGCUCGAUUUCGAAGCGAGUGGGGAAGGCGCUGGUACGCUCGGCGAUGAUCGCUUGGGAGAGGAUUUGGUGUGGAUGUGCAAAAAGUAUUUAUUGGGUACGUUCAAGCAAGUUCACCAUGAGCGUAGAGGACGCUCAGUACCGAGCGGUAGAUUGAUUGAACCCCCCCCCUUCCCUUCGUUCACGUCGAACAGGCCAGGACAUGUUCCUCUACUCCCCACCGGGUCCUUACGCACGUCGAUUGGCCCUCACUUUCGCUCAUCUCCUCAACCGACCUUUCGAAAUCGUAUCCUUGCAUCGCGAUGUCGGAGAAUCCGAGUUGAAACAGGGGAGGGAGAUCAGAGGCAAGGCACAGUUGGUUUACACGGACUCGUCGGCGGUCAGGGCGGCCAAGUUGGGCAGCUUGCUGAUCUUGGAUGGGAUUGAAAGGGUCAGUAGAGAUCGGACUCACUUUUCAGAGUUCAGAUACAGUAGAGCUAAUCUGGCGCUUUCUGGAAACAGUGCGAACGAGGUGUCUUGCCCACGCUCAACAAUUUGCUCGAGAACCGAGAAAUCGUCAGUUUGCAUUUUGCCGGAGGCAUGGAUCCUUCUCUUAUGCCGUAGACUGAUCCCGCUGGGCGUGUUCGAACAAUGUAGAACCUCGAAGAUGGAACGCAUAUCGUCUCGGCCGAUCGCUACGACCUCAUGGUCAAAAAUGGCGAGGACACGACCUUGUUCAUCCCCGCCCAUCGCGAUUUCAGAGUCAUCGCAAUCGGAACCCCUGUUCGUGAGUCGUUGCCGUGCAUACACUGUAGCAGACUAACCACAGCAAGCUAAUUCUCAAUAUUUUUUCCGCUCCUUCAGCUCCAUUCCCGGGAUACCCACUCGACCCGCCUUUCCGUUCGCGCUUCCAAGCGCGCUACCUCGACCCCUUGGCGACUUGCAAAACGCUCGCCGUGCCUCAACUGCCGCUCGACGAACCUUCGCGCUCGUUCGUGUCCAAGUGCUCGGACGCGAUCACGACCUUGCAAUACACCAAAGAAAUGCGAGCCAAGAUGGCCUCGGGCGUGAUCGAUUCGAACGAGUUGCCUUCCUUCCCUCAGACGGCACUGUGGAAGCUCGCGCGCUUGCUCGAUCGGUUCCCCCCUCCCGUUGACGCGACCUUGACGAAGCCGGCCCAAGUCGCGAGCGUGUUGAUGGCCGUUCAUCCUGCGCUCGCAUUCGUCACCAAGGCGCAUUGGAGAUCGGUCGAAGAGGCUUUCGUCGCCGCUGGCUUGGGCGAUUGGGUCACUGGUUUGGACGAGGUCGAUCCUGGUUCGGUCGGGAUGGAAAAGGGCGGCUUCUGGGGAUGGGAAUUGGACAAGAUCGAAAGGGUCUCGUCAGGCUUGGCCAAAGUCAGUUUCGUCAGGGGUGGUGGCGUUGAAAAGAUCGUGCUCGAGGAUGUCGCGAUCGGUGCGAGGUCUUUGACGAACUUGGAGGAGGUGCUCAAAGGGACGCGAGAUGGUCGCGUCAUCGUUACUGCGAGGUUCGUGCAUCUGUUGACGACCUUGGUCCAGCUCCACGCGCUGGGAUCCUUCGACCUCGCCGUCACGCCUCCUUCGUCGUCGCUGCAAUCCUCUUCGUCAUCGACUAAUCUCCUCAUCGAUACCUUUGCCGGAUUGAUGGGUUACGAAUUGGAGACGCUGCAUCUCUACAAGGAGCUCUCCGGUCGAGAGAUUUGGAUGCGUCGAGUUGUCAGUCGAGGAGCAUCCGAGCCAUCGGCUUCGACGGAAUCAGGCGUGGCGGGGACGACGACGUGGGAACCUAGCUUGUUGACCCAGGGUGCGUGGGAGGGCAAGUUGGUGCAUCUCGAAGGCAUCGAUACGAUCGGAUCGACGGUCGGAAGUCUCGGUAGGCUCUUGAUGGAUCGCGAGGCCGAACUUUGGGAAGGUCAGAGGAUGCUCGGGCCCAAACCCGAGAGAGAAGAAGGGGCCGACAAGGAUGGGGCCAUCAUCUCGAGAAUCCAUCCGUCGUUCAGGAUCAUCGCCACAUCGUCCAAAUCGUCGCCGCCGAAGGAAUGGCUGACCGAGGAACUAUCCGCCAACUUUAUCGCCUUGCCUUCGAUCGCGAUGUCUUUGGAAGAGGAGAAAGCUAUUCUUCUCGCGACGGGGUGUACGCCGGCUAUCGUCGAUCGAUUGGAAGUCUUUGCUCGCGCUUAUCGACGCGCCAAUGCCGCUCCAGGUAGCAAGAGUCGUCGAUUGGGCACGGCGAGCUUGGUCCGUAUCGCGACGAGGUUGAGCAAAUUCCCCGGCGAGGGUUUGUUUGGUCUGUUGAAUCGGACGUUGUUGAGCGAGUUCUUACCGAACACCGCCAAGGAGGAGUUGUGGGCUUUGUUCAAGGAUACGGCAAUCGCUCCGGAUGCGGAAUGGGUGAGUGGUCGAGCGAUUGCUGUCGAGUCAACCUUGAGCCAUGGCUGAUUCAAAGUUCGAUUUCGCAGUGGAACCCACCUCCCGAAGUCAAAGCCGGCACUCUUGUCUUCCCCGCCGCCAGCGAUCCUGCCGGCGUGGCCAAGGCUUACGAAGUGCGCCUCUUCGACCUCAAGACCCACGACGCCCUCGGCUCGUCCUACAUCCCUUACAUGAACAACUUUCUCGACAACUCGCAACAGACGGCCCUCAUGCGGGAUAUUGCCGUCGAUCUCGAGCUGCUCGGCGAGCACGUCCUCUUGCUUGGCAACCAAGGUGUGGGGAAGAACAAGAUCGUCGAUCGCAUGCUGCAGUUGCUCGAUCGACCUCGCGAGUUCGUGCAACUUCAUCGUGAUACGACGACGCAAUCUCUUCAAUUCAAGACCUCGUUGGAAGGUGGUGUCAUUCGAUACGUAGAUUCACCCCUCCUCCGAGCCGUCGCAUUGGGUCGAGUGAUCGUGAUCGAUGAAGUCGACAAGGCCGCUGCACCCGUCGUCGCUUCGUUGGCAUCGUUGGCCGCGAGGGGAGAGAUGACUCUUGCCGAUGGGAGGAAGAUCAGACCUGCUGGAUCGGUUGGAUCGGACAAGGAUAUCAUCGUUCAUCCCAAUUUCAGGAUCGUGCUCUUGGCAAACCGACCGGGUACUCCGUUCUUGGGUAAUCGUAAGUUGCGAGAUAGCGCAGCGAAAAACUAAGCUCAGCUCUAUUGACACUGACUGACGCUCGAGCUGGUGCUUCACAGCAUUCCUUCGUGUGCUCGGAGACACGUUCAGCACCUACGCGGUCACGAACCCCGAUAUCGACUCUGAGCAACGCGUCUUGGCGCAGCUCGCCCCAGAACUCGACGAGGAGCUACUGAGGUCGCUCGUACAAGCUUUCGGUGAUCUACGCAAGGCCUUCGAUGUGAGUCAAAAGUUUGGGAAGGGGAAUGAGACGAAUUAUAUACCAGUGGCUUACUUGAAUAUCUUGUCCAUCGUUCCCAAUGCAGAGCGGUGCCUUAUCGUACCCCUUCUCCCUGCGCGAACUUCUCGCCAUUGUCCGUCACCUCAAGCGCUACCCGGACGACACGCUCGAAGAAGUGCUCCGUAACGUCUUUGAUUUCGAUACGCAUCGACCCGAGACGAUCGACAAGCUCUACUCGAUUUUGAGAAAGUACAAGUUGGGCGUCACGAGGGUCGGCCUGGACGCCGUUCGUGGACCGACGGGGCUCGAUGGCGAGAAAAUCAAGAAGACCAAGGUCAUCGAGUUCGAACCCAAAGGUGCGACAGAUCUUUCUGAACCCAAGUUUGGCAAGGGGCCUGAUGGAAAAUUACAUGUGAGUCGGCGUAUGCGAUUGUGCUUCGAUGGGUUGGCGAUAAAACUGAGGUGCGUUCCUCGACUUUGAACGCGAAGGUUGGCGGCAACAAGUGGGCUGGUGGCACAGGAGGUCGAUCGACGGCUGGAUUGGGUGGUCGAGUGAGUAAAAUCUCCUCCGUUCACGGACGGGUGGAAAGUUCAUAAUGCUGAACCUGGCUCACUUUUCGCGAAUAUAGGGUGGUGCGCAGCGACUUGCCGUCAAGGGUCAGGACAUCCACCAAAUCCCCGACUCGCUCAAAGCCGACGUCCCCGACCACAUCAAGCAGCAAGCGCGUGACAUGGCUCGCAAGGAACUCGCAAAACGUCUUGCCGACAUCGAUCUCACCUCGUCGCAGGCAUCGCAGUACUCGGGCUACCACGACGCCGUCCAGAGUCACGUGCAGCAGCUCGUCUCCUUCCUCGACAACCUCGAAGCGAACGAAGAGGAGCGUGUGUGGCUCAAGCGACAAACCGAUGGCGAGCUAGACGAAUCGCGCCUUAGCGAAGCGUUGACGCAAGAGUCGACGGUUUACAAGCGUCGAGGCAUGGAGAAGCCCGAGUUGGGCCGUCCGCAGCUCAAGCCGAAGCGUAUCCGUUUCGUCUUCGACUGCAGUGCGUCGAUGUACCGCAAUCAGUACACGGGCGGGUUGACGCGAUCGCUCGAGACGGCGGUGAUGGUCAUGGAGGCGUUUGCGCGCAUCUCGCGCAAGGAGAAGUACCGUAUCGACUUGAUCGGCCAUAGUGGUGAGGAGGUGUCGAUCCCUCUUGUGCCGAUUGAUACUUUCCCCGCCCAUGCGGGUGAGCGCUACAAGGUCAUUCAGAAGAUGGCUUUGAUUCCUCAAUUGUGAGUUCAGUGAAGUUCUACGUCGCUGUUUUAAAGAAUUUGCGCCGACUCGAUUUGCCAACAACACAUUUUUUUUGGCAGCUGCUGGGCCGGCGACAACACGGUGCCGUGCAUCGAAGAAAGCGUGCAAGCCGUCGCUGAAUCCGAUUCGGACGACUACUUUUGCAUCGUCAUCACCGACGCCAACCUCCAUCGGUACGGUAUUACUCCCGAGGACCUGAAGCGUGCGAUGACGUCCAACUCUAAGGUCAAGGUUUCGUUGGUUGCGAUCGGCGAAGGUGCCGAGAGCGAGUGGUUGCCCAAGGUCUUGCCGGGGAGGUGCCAUGCGGUCAAGGAGACGGCUGAUAUUGCGACGACGUUAAGGUCCAUCUUGGGGUCGAUGUUGACGGGCGAGUUGUAG